GUGGCUAGAGACCCGUAGGAGGUUGGAGGCUCAUGGUGAGGAGAUCACUUGGAUUGCGUUUCGCAUGGAGUUCUUAAGGAAAUACUUUCCUGAGGAUGUCCGUGGUAAGAAGGAGAUUGAAUUCCUUGAGCUGAAACAAGGGAACAAGUCUGUUGUGGAGUAUGCUGCUAAGUUUGGUGAGCUGGCUAAGUUUUACCAAUACUAUGAUGGUGCGAAUGGUGAGUUUUCCAAGUGUAUCAAGUUUGAGAAUGGGUUGCGUCCAGAAAUCAAGAAAGCGGUUAGUUACCAGAAGAUCCGUAUUUUUGCUGAUUUGGUGGAUAGUUGUCGGAUUUAUGAGGAGGACAACAAUGCUCAUUAUCGUGUUAUUAAUGAGAAGAGGGGCAAGAAUCAACAAAGCCGCGAGAAACCGUAUGAUGCUGGUAAAGGGAAGCAAAGAGUUACUCAUGGUCAUAAGACUAGUGGGGGAGAUGCUCCUGCUAGGAUUAUAUGCUUCAAGUGUGGUCAACCUGGUCAUAAGAGCAAUGCUUGUACUGCUGAUAUGAAGAGGUGUUACCGUUGUGGUAAGACGGGACACAUGUCAUCUGAUUGUAAGCAUAAGGAUGUUGUUUGCUUUAACUGUGGUGCGGAGGGGCAUAUUGAUAGCCAGUGUCAGAAGCCAAAGAAGACAGCUGUAGGUGGUAAAGUGUUUGCUUUGUCAGGAACUCAGACAUCUAGUGAGGAUGGCCUUGUUAGAGGUGAUUCGCAUUGAGAGGAGGUUAGCCGAGUUGGUCUUGAGUAGUUGUCGCUCUGAUACGUAGCACUCGGGGGGACGAACGCGUUAAUUUACUUGCUA